AUGGUGAAAUUUUGUGACUGUCCUGGUCAUUUUGGCUACUUGAAGCUUGCACUUCUAGUUUUUAAUGUAGGCUUCUUUAACUGUAUUCUGGACAUGUUCAAGUGCAUCUGCAAGAGCUGUAACAGAGUUAUUCUGAUGGAGAAAGACCGCAGGGAGUUUCUGAAGAAGAUGAGAAAUCCAAGGGCAGAUGCACUACAAAAAAGUGCUACAAUGAAAAAAGUGAGGGACAAAUGCAAACUAUCCUGCUGCCCCGCUGUGAUUACAAAAAUGGUGUGGUUAAAAAUGUCAUAG